AUUGCUUCUGAUGGUGGUGAUCCUGUCCACUCUAGCAAUUUGUGCAUUCAGGUGGUAGUUCUGGAUGCAAAUGACAAUCCACCAGUAUUUACUCAGCCUGAGUAUCAAGUAAGUGUUCAGGAGAACUUGCCGGUGGGCACCCGGCUGCUCACGGUGAAUGCCACCGACCCUGAUGAGGGAUUCAAUGCUCAAGUGUCCUAUAUACUAGAUAAAAUGCCUGGGAAGAUCGCUCAAAUUUUUGAUCUCAACUCAGUGACUGGAGAUUUAUCAAUAUUAAAAAGUCUUGAUUAUGAGGAUGCCAUGUCCUAUGAAAUUAAAAUUGAAGCACAAGAUGGACCAGGUCUCCUUUCAAGAGCUAAGGUUCUGGUCACAGUUCUGGAUGUGAAUGACAAUGCUCCAGAAGUUACAAUCACUUCUCUCACAGAAUCAGUCCCAGAAGAGGCUACCGCUGGAUGGGAAAUUGCCCUUAUCAAUGUGCAUGACCGGGAUUCUGAGCAAAAUGGCCAAGUCACCAUUUUUGUUCUGGGAAAUAUGCCAUUUCAUUUAGAAAAAUCAAUAAACCAGUAUUACCGCUUAGUGACAGCAAGACCCCUGGACCGUGAACAGGUGUCUGAAUAUAACAUCACUCUGAGAGCUACAGAUGGGGGAAGUCCACCACUGUCCACGGACACUCACAUUACCUUGUAUGUGGCAGACAUCAAUGACAAUCCACCUACCUUCACUCAUGCCUCCUAUUCUGCCUACAUUCCUGAAAACAAUCAGAGGGGAGCCUCUGUCUUCUCUGUGACCGCCCACGACCCUGACAGCAUUGAGAAUGCCCAAAUCACCUACACUCUGACUGAGGAUACCAUCCAGGGGGUGCCUGUCUCCACCUAUGUCUCCAUCAACUCCGACACUGGAGUCCUGUACGCCUUGCAUUCCUUUGACUAUGAACAGGUUAGAGACCUGCAGCUACUGGUGACAGCCAGUGACAGUGGGAACCCUCCACUCAGCAGCAAUGUGUCUCUGACUCUCUUUGUGAUGGACCAGAAUGACAAUGCACCCGAAAUCCUGUACCCUGCUCUCCCUACAGAUGGUUCCACCGGCGUGGAGCUGGCACCCCGUUCCGCAGAGCCCGGCUACCUGGUGACUAAGGUGGUGGCAGUGGACAGAGACUCAGGCCAGAAUGCCUGGCUGUCCUACCGCCUGCUCAAGGCCAGCGAGCCAGGGCUCUUCGCGGUGGGGCUGCACACGGGCGAGGUGCGCACAGCGCGGGCCCUGCUGGACAGAGAUGCGCUCAAGCAGAGCCUGGUGGUGGCGGUCCAGGACCAUGGGCAGCCCCCUCUCUCUGCCACCGUCACGCUCACGGUGGCCGUGGCUGACAGCAUCCCAGAUGUCCUGGCUGACUUGGGCAGCCUGGAAGUCCCACAGGGCUCUGAUGCUUCAGAUCUCACGCUGUACCUGGUGGUGGCGGUGGCUGCGGUCUCUUGCGUCUUCCUGGCCUUUGUCAUCGUGCUGCUGGCGCUCAGGCUGAGGCGCUGGCACACGUCGCGCGUGCUGCAGGCUUCAGGAGGCGGACUGGCGGGCGUACCCGCCUCUCAGUUUGUGGGCGUGGACGGAGUGCGGGCUUUCCUGCAGACCUAUUCCCACGAGGUGUCGCUCACCGCGGACUCGCGGAAGAGUCACGUGAUCUUCCCGCAGCCCAACUACGCGGACACGCUCAUCAGCCAGAAGAGCUGCGAGAAAAGUGAGCCUCUCUUGAUAUCUCAAGAUUUACUUGAAAUGAAAGGAGACCCCAAGCAACUUCAGGUGAGUUUGUUUCUUUCUUUGAAUAUCAUGAAAAACAAUUAUGCCAGUGUGGUUAUUAUAAAGCUUUAAUGCUCCUUUAUUUGAAAAAAAAAAAGCAAUGUGGUAGUCAUUAGUUCUGUUUAAGUAUGUGUUCCUUUUAUCUUCUGGAAUUAUG